AUGGUUCUGUUCAACCCACUUGCACAUCACCUUCAUACUACAGCUAUACUCGCCUUCAAGCCCUGUGACAUAACUGAGGGUAAAACCAGCCUUACAUUACGAAUCUGGUGGUUAAAGAAGAAGAGCAAGUCAGAAGGUACUGCAAUCUUUACCAAUAUUCCAGAGCUGCCGAGUGACUACAGCCCCGAAGCAGCUGGCAUAGCUCUGUAUGACCCAGAACGGCGCCAGGCCAAUCAUUCUGCCGCAACCUUCACGAUCCCCACGGCAGCCAACACAACCUUCACAGGCCGAGACGCUAUCUACACCAUGCUAUCGGACUUCGUCUCCCGGUCGGCCAAAAUGGAGCACCAGAUCCAGACUGUGGUUGUCGACGAGCGGGCAGGAAAAGUAGCGACGCAGCAACGGUACCUCAGCAAACUGGUGGAUGGGAUAGAGAAAGAUAUGCUCACUUGCAAUUUUUUCGAUGUGGAUGACCAAGGGAAGAUUGAGAGGGUGGUGUUUUGGUUCAGUGGCCAGAAUCCGUUGUAA